GAUAGGUGAGCACAUGCACCUUGUUGUUGUUGGUGUUGAUUCACAGCUGAUCCGGCCGCCGCCAGCCUCGCCCUCGCCUCGCCUCCCUUAGUAUGGCCAGUGUCUACUCUUCACCGUAUCUAAACACAUUUUCACCUACUUCCAGAAUGUCAAAUGAAAGACUAGGGUGUGCUGCUACAACCAUGCCCUCCUCAUCUCCAGAUUUGCUCUUAAAUACAAUGAACACAUUGGAUAUGUUUGACACCAGUUGGGAGUGUUGUUCAGGAGUGGACAAUAUAUUGCAAGUCUCUACUGACAGUUCUCCAUCUCUCGGUCCUCCAAGUAACAUAAUUGAAGAAAAUUUCUUUGUUUGGGACACUGAGCAUGUUCUACAAACAACUUUAUUUGAAACAGAUUUAGAGACAUGCAUUGAAGGUGAGACUGGUGUAUUUUCUCUUGCUAAUUCAUUACACGCAGAUGAAGAAAUCAGUUUGGCCAAUGAUGUAGAGAGUAAUAUAUCAAAUGGAUCGUCCUCAUCCCUCACAUCUUUCUCGGUUGCUAAAUUACCUGACCAUUUUUCAGCAAAUCCUGAAGACCUUCAAACUUCAGAUUCACCUCAGUCUUGUAUGAUGUUUUCAAGUCUUGAUAAUAGUUUGGUGGACUCAUCUCUGAGUUGUGUACUACCUGAUAAUUUGUUUAGUGAAGAGUUACAGAACUCUGAAGCCCAGUCCACUUAUUUAGCACAAGAUAGUUUAAGAAAGUUGAAGUUUGAGACAGAAAUUAAAGAGUGCACUGGAAAGAGGGCCAACCGCCUCAGAAAACACAAGAAAUCACUUAGGUUUCCAUUGACUACAUCAUCCCAACUAUUGCCCAAUUCUAAUGCACUGCCUUGCACCAUGCCUGACCCUCCAAAUCAUCGAUGUGCUUCCACAUAUCAGAAGUACAAAGCAUCUGCUAAGGAAAAUGGCAUUUCUCCAAGAAAAAAAAAAGUCUUUAAUAUUUUGGAUAGCAGCAUUAAGUGGAGUGAGCUUAGUAGCAGUGAGCAGUGGGCAGUUGGUGAAGGACUAGGUGUUGUGCUAUCCCAGUCUCUGGAUAUUCGAGAAAAGCUUGAUCUUCUUAAUCUUCUCGGCUCCAACUCGUCUGAUAUAUCCCUUACUUCUGGUGAUGAUUUACUAUCUAUUCUAGACAAUGAAAAGUUGGAGAGCAUACGAUGUUAUUUAAAAGGACUACAAAAUAGUGAUUCCAAUUCUACAAGGUUAUUUACAAGUAAGUCCACGAAAAUACCACAGAAAUGCAAGGAUAACAGUAGCUCGAGGAAAAAUUAUCAUUUACUGCACAACUCAAAUGAACACAAAAUCGUAGGAGUUGGGAAACUUAAAGGAAGCCGUGGCUCGAGUCAGAGCAUCACCAUUAAGUCUAUAAGGAACCAACAGUCUACAAAGCUUCCUAGACAUGAUCAUUUAAGCAUGACUCACUUGUCAACACCUACUCAAAGCUCCAAAAAGAACUUAGCUCAAUAUGAUCAGCAAAAUAAAAAAGGAAAAAAGUGCCUUUCACGAGAUUUACAACUGCAGCGUACUAGAACCAGGAAAGAAUACAGACAGCUAAUGAAAGAAAAGAGAAGUGGACUUUUUGAACAUGAAGAGGUGGUGUGGCUUUCAGCUGCUACUUCUCAAGAGUGUGCACAACAGCAUGACCAAAAUGAAAAUGAUAAUGAGGAUAUAGAUAUUUUGGGCUAAGCUAAUUGCAAAUUUUAUUUUGCUGUGAAAUAAAAUGUCUGGGUUGCAUUUAAGUGGUUGCCCUUAUUUAGAUUCUGUAGUUUAUAUGUACAGUAGUCAGUCUGGCAUGUUCUUCUAUGCCCCAAGCUCAGCCAGGGCCAGGUUUGUCCAGCAAUACAGUAACAUCAUCUCUCAGGUAAUUGCUUGUAGUGGCUCACCAGGCUCUUAGCUAGACUUUUUUUUACCUGCCAGGGACAAGACCUAGUCUUAUCCCCCUCAUAUGGAGCAGGAAGUAAGUUGGGACAAGAGAUCAUCCCACAACCGAGAAAACUGCUUGUUAUAACAUAUAGUAUGAUAUACACUAUGCUGUGUAAAAGUGACCAUGUUUUUUUAGGAAUAAAGUAUGCAAUGCAUUACAAUCUUGAAGAAAAUGAGGUUGAAGCAGUUGAAAAAACUGAUUUCCGGAGAGAUCUUUAUGGAGAACUCAGACAUUUCUUUAAGGUAUUUGACUGGAAAGACUUGCUGUUAGGACGAAGUAAAUGUCCUAGUUUUGUGAAGUAUGUCAAGUAUGUUAAGUUUUGUGAAAUAUAUGAUAAAGGCACAAAAAAAUUUAUACCAAAGCAGAGAUGCAAACCUAGGAAACAAGAUUGGUUCAACAAAUUGUGAGAGGGCCAGAGACCAAAAGACACAAAAAUGGAAUCAAUACAGGAAGAGGCCAAACCCCCAAACAUACCAGUGAUACAAAGAUGCGAGAAACAACUACACAGCAGUGAGGAGAG